UCUUAGCUCUCCUUUCUCUUUCUCUUCCUCUCUCUAACUUUCUCUCACUACUUUUGCCUUUAGCUUCUUCUCUCUGUUGUGUGAGAGGCUGGAUACUUGUUCGAGCGGCAGCUGCUUUUGUGGUGGUGAUUUUUUUUUUUCGGGAACCCUAGAGAAUCGACGUCGGUGGUGCGUCGGGUCGGCUUGUUCGGGUUCGGGCUGGAGCUCGGGCUUUCUAGGGCUUCGAUCUGAUUGCGAGUGGUUGGGGAUUUGGAUUUGGUGAAUCGGUGGUGGAGGUUUGAGGGGUUUUUGGGGUGAAGCAAAAAUGUCGUCGUUGAGUAGAGAAUUGGUUUUCCUCAUACUUCAAUUUCUAGAAGAGGAAAAGUUUAAGGAAUCUGUUCACAAGCUUGAGCAAGAAUCAGGGUUUUUCUUUAACAUGAAGUAUUUUGAGGAAAAAGUACAUGCUGGUGAAUGGGAAGAAGUUGAAAAGUACUUGUCUGGAUUCACCAAGGUCGAUGAUAAUAGAUACUCCAUGAAGAUAUUUUUCGAAAUAAGGAAGCAGAAGUAUCUUGAAGCCCUUGAUCGGCAAGACAAGGCAAAGGCAGUUGAGAUACUGGUCAAUGAUUUGAAAGUCUUCUCAACAUUCAAUGAGGAUUUGUACAAAGAGAUUACUCAGCUGUUAACUCUCAAUAAUUUCAGGGAAAAUGAACAGUUAUCCAAGUAUGGUGACACCAAGACCGCCCGAAGUAUAAUGUUGAUAGAGCUGAAAAAGUUAAUUGAAGCUAAUCCACUUUUUCGAGAAAAGCUUGUUUUUCCAACCUUAAAAGCAUCUAGAUUGCGGACCUUAAUAAAUCAAAGUUUAAACUGGCAGCACCAGCUCUGCAAGAAUCCGAGGCCAAACCCGGAUAUUAAGACCUUGUUCACAGACCAUACCUGCACACCUCCAAAUGGGGCUCUUGCUCCAACUCCAGUGAAUAUGCCUCCUGCUGCUGCAGUGGCAAAACCUGCUGCUUAUACGUCACUUGGAACACAUGGGCCCUUUCCAACAACUGCUGCAGCUGCCAACGCAAAUGCUUUAGCAGGUUGGAUGGCAAAUGCUGCUGCAUCUUCAUCUGUUCAGGCAGCUGUUGUGACUGCAUCAUCCUUACCAGUUCCACCAAAUCAAGUGUCAAUCUUGAAGCGUCCAAUUACUCCUCCGGCAACAUUGGGAAUGGUUGAUUACCAGAAUGCUGAGCAUGAGCAGCUAAUGAAACGUUUACGUCCAGCACAGUCAGUUGAGGAGGUCACCUAUCCUACAGUUCGUCAACAGCCAUCUUGGUCCCUGGAUGACCUACCAAGAAAUGUAGCUUUUACCAUGCAUCAAGGAUCUACCAUCACAACCAUGGAUUUUCAUCCUUCUCACCAUACAUUGCUUCUCGUGGGCUCUAAUAAUGGUGACAUUACACUUUGGGAGGUUGGGAUGCGAGAAAAGCUGGUUACAAAGCCAUUUAAGAUUUGGGAGAUUCAAGCUUGUACAUUGCCGUUUCAGGCUUCUGUUGCAAAAGAGGGACCCUUUUCUGUAAGCCGGGUUACAUGGAGUCCAGAUGGCACUUUUAUUGGAGCUGCAUUCAGUAAGCAUUUAGUCCAUUUGUAUGCCUAUGCUGGACCAAAUGAUCUGCGCCAGCAUCUGGAGAUUGAUGCCCAUACUGGAGGAGUAAAUGAUUUGGCCUUUGCCCAUCCAAACAAACAGUUGUGUGUUGUAACCUGUGGAGAUGACAAGUUGAUCAAGGUUUGGGACUUAACAGGACGGAAGUUAUUCAAUUUUGAAGGGCAUGAAGCCCCUGUAUACUCUAUAUGUCCUCAUCAAAAGGAGAAUAUUCAGUUUAUCUUCUCAACUGCUAUCGAUGGGAAAAUUAAGGCUUGGUUGUAUGACAAUAUGGGAUCCAGAGUUGACUAUGAUGCUCCUGGGCAUUGGUGUACCACAAUGCUUUACAGUGCUGAUGGAAGCAGAUUGUUCUCUUGUGGAACUGGUAAAGAAGGAGAUUCUUUUCUUGUUGAAUGGAAUGAAAGUGAAGGGGCCAUAAAAAGGACGUACACUGGGUUCAGAAAGAAGUCAAAUUUGGUUGUACAGUUUGAUACAACUCAAAAUCACUUUUUGGCUGUGGGUGAAGAUAGCCAGAUCAAGUUUUGGGAUAUGGACAACAAUAACAUUCUUACCAGUACAGAUGCAGAGGGUGGUCUUUCGAGUCUUCCUCGAUUGAGAUUCAACAAAGAAGGGAAUCUCCUUGCUGUUACUACUGCAGACAAUGGAAUCAAGAUACUUGCAAAUGCUGCAGGUAUGAGGUCCUUAAGAGCUGCUGAAAACCCUGGUUUUGAAGCACUGAGGUCACCUAUUGAAGCAGCUGCAAUUAAGGCUUCUGGCUCUUCUGUAGCAAAUGUUCCUCCUGUUAAUUGCAAAGUUGAAAGAAGCUCUCCUGUUAGGCCAUCUCCAAUACUUAAUGGAGUUGACUCAAUGUCUAGAAGCAUGGAGAAACCAAGAACGCUAGAUGAUGUUAAUGAUAAAAUGAAACCUUGGCAGUUGGCUGAAAUUGUAGAUCCUGUUCAAUGCCGAAUGGUUACGAUGCCAGAGAGCACAGAUGCGGGUAACAAGGUUGCUCGGCUUCUUUAUACAAACUCUGGUGUUGGCCUUUUGGCACUGGGAUCAAAUGGUGUUCAGAAGCUGUGGAAGUGGGUGCGAAAUGAGCAAAAUCCUUCUGGAAAGGCCACUGCCAAUCUUGUUCCACAACAUUGGCAACCAAACAGUGGUCUUCUUAUGACUAAUGAUGUCUCAGGUGUCAACCUUGAGGAAGCAGUUCCGUGCAUAGCUCUCUCAAAGAAUGAUUCUUAUGUAAUGUCAGCUGCUGGUGGAAAGGUUUCAUUGUUCAAUAUGAUGACUUUUAAGGUGAUGACGACAUUUAUGGCGCCACCACCGGCUUCAACUUUCUUGGCAUUCCAUCCUCAAGAUAAUAACAUUAUAGCCAUUGGUAUGGAGGAUUCCACCAUCCACAUCUACAAUGUUAGGGUAGAUGAGGUGAAAUCAAAGCUGAAAAGUCACCAGAAGCGCAUAACUGGUUUAGCAUUUUCCACCACCCUGAAUAUAUUAGUUUCUUCUGGUGCUGAUGCUCAGCUUUGUGUUUGGAGUAUUGAUACAUGGGACAAGCGGAAAUCAGUCCCCAUCCAACUCCCUGCUGGGAAAGCACCUACAGGUGACACUCGAGUUCAGUUCCAUUCUGAUCAAAUCCGCUUGCUGGUAUCACAUGAGACACAGCUAGCAUUGUAUGAUGCUGCUAAGAUUGAUCGCAUUCGUCAGUGGGUUCCCCAAGAUGUCCUUUCUGCUCCCAUCUCAUAUGCUGCAUACUCCUGCAACAGUCAACUAGUUUAUGCUUCGUUCUGUGAUGGGAAUAUUGGGGUCUUUGAUGCUGAUACCCUAAGGCUAAGAUGUCGGGUUGCUCCAUCGGCGUAUUUAUCCCAGGCAGUAUUAAAUGGAAGUCAAGCUGUGUAUCCACUUGUCAUUGCGGCACAUCCUCAAGACCCGAACCAAUUUGCAAUUGGGUUGACAGAUGGGUCUGUCAAAGUGAUAGAGCCCCAGGAAUCAGAAGGAAAGUGGGGAGUAACUCCUCCAGUGGACAACGGGAUAUUAAAUGGUAGGGCGGCAUCGUCAUCCACCACCAGUAACCAUGGAGGGCCUGAUUCAGUCCAGAGAUAAAAGUCAAUUGUAUUUUUUUCGGUCUUCUGAUUCUGUAAUCCUAUCAGGUGUAGAUUUUUUAGGAUUUUGUAUUUUGUCCCUUGUCAAAGGUUUAGAUUGGAGAUUAAAUUAGAGAGAUUUGUAAUUGCACGCUAUUUGUUGAUUUAUGUGUAUUUUGUUUAAUGCUCCUAUUGAUGCUAGAAAUUGUAUAAAUCAUAUUGGUGGUUGAAAUUUUAGUGCUUUUCAUUGCCUGA